GCUUUUCGCGUAAUGACAAUCGGGUGAACGUUGACUCCUGGAAUUGACGCACGGUCCGCGCGAGCGCGCCGUUUAUCACAGUUAGGCACAACGUGUUAUCUUUCAUUCCCCCCCAACGUUAGCUGGGAAGCUAAACGGAUAGCUUCUUUCGCCAGUUAGCUCGGCUAGUUAGCAGUCGCCGGCUUUGGAGAAUACACACCACACGACCGUUGUGCAUGGCCGUCUCGCCGUCCUCACUUCCAUAAGGGGCCAGGGCGCCGUCUUUAUCGCAGCACUGUUUCUUUUGCAGGCGUACACUGGAGUGAACAUUCGGCUCUGCUUCUCUGGUUAGACCCAGCCUUUGCUCCUCUUCCCCAAGGAUCAUGGCCAAAGAUGCUGGUCUGAUUGAGGCCAAUGGGGAGUUGAAGGUUUUCAUUGACCAGAAUCUGAGUCCUGGAAAAGGUGUUUUGUCUUUAGUGACUGUUCAUCCACAGACAGUUGCAGUAGGAAAACAACUUUUGCCAAAAACAUUGGGCCCUUCAAAUGUCAACAUUGCUCCUCAGGUGGUCAUUGGGACACCUCAAAGGCCAAGUGGGUCCAGUGUGCUCCUAAUGAACAGUCCCCACACACCUAGUUCUCAGUUUAUCACUCAGAGCCAACCCCCUGAUGCCUCCCCAUGGUCCUCAGGGAAAAGAAGUAAGAAAGGAGAAAAGAAUGGGAAAGGCCUGAGGCAUUUUUCUAUGAAGGUGUGCGAGAAGGUACAGAAAAAGGGUGUUACAACAUAUAAUGAAGUAGCGGAUGAGCUGGUGGCCGAAUUUAGCUCUGGGGACAACCACAUCUCCCCAAAUGAUGCGCAAGUGUACGAUCAGAAGAAUAUUAGGCGGCGUGUAUAUGAUGCUCUCAAUGUGCUGAUGGCCAUGAACAUAAUCUCAAAGGAGAAGAAGGAGAUCAAGUGGAUUGGGCUUCCUACCAACUCGGCCCAAGAAUGCCAGAAUCUGGAGGUGGAGAGGCAAAGACGUUUAGAGAGAAUCAAGCAAAAACAGUCACAACUCCAAGAACUCAUUUUACAGCAAAUUGCAUUUAAGAACCUUGUGCAGCGUAACCGUCAAACAGAGCAGCAAACAAACAGACCACCACCAGAAAAUUCAGUCAUUCACCUGCCAUUUAUCAUCAUAAACACCAGCAAGAAAACGGUCAUUGACUGCAGCAUCUCUAAUGACAAGUUUGAGUACCUCUUCAACUUUGACAGCAUGUUUGAGAUACAUGAUGACAUUGAAGUAUUGAAGCGCAUGGGAAUGGCAUGUGGCCUGGAGGUUGGAAAAUGCUCCGCUGAAGACCUCAAAGUCGCCAGGAGCCUGGUGCCUAAAGCACUGGAGCCUUAUGUCACAGAAAUGGCACAGGGCCCUAUCAGUAACGUCUACAUGACGGGGACCUCAUCUGCCAAUGGAGGUCGCUAUCAUAUCAGCAGUGAAAGUGGAGCAGAUGGAACAAUGGCCUCCAGCUCCAAUGACUCUCACUACAGUGGUUCUCGUGUCGAAACCCCCGUCUCUUACAUGGACGAUGACGAUGACGAUGAUGACUAUGAUGAAAACGAUGAAGAUGACUAACAUUUCUCAGGCCACACUUCUUUCAACAGCUAUAUUCAUGGGGUUAUUGUAUACACAAGUUCCCUUUCCUUGUCUGCUACUAGCACACCUUUAAAUUUCCCCUCUCUCUCUUUUUAUUGUGAAGGGCAUUGAGAAGCAUGGGCUUUAAAGGGGUGUGUUGAUUUCAUUCCAGCCCUUUCUGCUGUAUGGCUUAGGCUGUUAAAUCACAACACCAUGCUAGUGCAGAUAUUUGGUCCUUAUAGCUCUAGUUUUCACAAAAAACAAACGAAAAAAAAAAAAAAAGACUUAACGGGACUUUGAAGUCGUAGCACUAUGCCAUCCAGCAUCUGCUGGAAUUAGCAUGACUUACAAAAGAACCCUCCUCUCAGCCAGACAUCCACCUGCUGUUGGAGAAUGUGUAGUGUGACCUCUGUAUAACAUAGUUAGGCUAUCUGCUUUUGAACAAUUGUUUUUUUUUUUUUUUUUUUUUUAACAUGCUGGCUAAUUCUGAAGAUUCAGAUGGCUGCCACCUCCUAGACUGUAGGGGCAAAGAAUCGGCAGAGCCAGCUUACCAUUUUGCCCCAUUGGGGCAAGUCUUUGGAUGUAUGGUCACUUUUUGUAAGAUUGGAGGAAUUAAUGGCUUAUUUUUUUUUUUUUUUUAGAUCUUUUCCGUGUGUGUGUGAGCGAGUGCAAGAGUUUGUGUGCGCGUGUGUGUGGCUUCCUGUUAUUCUGUGGGCAGCUGUUGUAGGGAGCUCUGUUGAACAGCCUUCUUCUUUUUUUUUUUUUUGUUGUGUGAGGUUUAGAGGUGAACCUCUCCUGUUGUUCCCUCUUUGUGUUUUACAACUGACAGUCAUCAGGAAAUCAGAGAAACUUUAUUAUCCAAUGGAAUUUAUAGGAAAUCAAACCUCUGAAGAUUAGUUUCUCAUUUCCUUUCCAGAUUCCAAGUCAGUAACACUACGGCGUAUGUAUGAUUAUUAUCUAAGUAUGGUAUAAAUAUAUUUUUUGGAUUCCCCUGGAAAAAAAAAAAGAACUGUUGUACUGACUCCACAAAAUUAACUUUUCUGUAAUCUAAUAUAAGUUUGGAAAUUAAAAUAUAAUGUUUUAAAAACA